AUGUUAUCCGAAGGUUGGAAAUGUUUUUGCUGUCCACAAAUAUUAAAAUAUCCUCGACGAAGUGUUGUCGCCCCAAUACAACAUCCUCCAUCCGAACCUGAACCAGCACAACCUCUACCGCAAACACAACACUGUUCACCGCCACUACCACCACGACCAGUUCGACCAAAAAGAAAAAAAUCUGAUAUUACAUUAGCAGCUGUUGUUAUUAUUCAAACGUGGUUUAGACGUCGACGAGCUUUAUAUGAAAUGAGACGAAAAACUGCUUGGACAAUAUAUCAAAAUAUUGAAUAUGCUGGUGAACAAGAUCAGCUUAAACUUUACAAUUUUUUUCUUGAACUUAUGCAAGCUGUUACAACAAAUCCUCAUGAUGCUCAAGUUGUAGCGAAAGUCUUACGUCGAAAUUCUAGUCUAACAGGCUUGGCCGAAGAACUUGAUUUAAAACAUUUAACAACACCCGAAGCUAUUACUGUUGAAUCAUCAUAUCGAGGACCACAUAUCCACACGCCGAUACAUAAGGGACAUUUUGAAGCAUUAAUUCUUGCUUUUCAACGAGGAGAGUUACUUCAUGCUCAUUAUGUGUUAUUAAUAUUACAUGAACUUCGACAUAUUCUUAAACGUUUACCAAAUGUAAAUAUAGUUUCAACUCAUCAGUCAAGAUAUGUUACUGUUGUUGGAGAUUUACAUGGUAGUUUAGCUGAUUUAAUGGUCAUUUUUCAUAAAAACGGUUUACCAUCGAAUGAAAAUCCUUAUAUAUUCAAUGGUGAUAUUGUUGAUCGAGGUUUUCAAAGUAUGGAAGUUUUCCUUUUAAUUAGUGUCGCAGUUAUUGUUUACCCAAAUAAUGUUUAUUUGAAUCGAGGAAAUCAUGAAGAUCAUGUUUUAAAUUUAAGAUAUGGUUUCAUGAAAGAAAUUAUAUAUAAAUACAAAUCACAUGCAACAAGACUUUUACGUUUAUUCGAAAAUAUUUAUAGUUGGUUACCAAUUGCAAGUCUUAUUGAUGAUCAUAUAUUUGUUGCACAUGGUGGAAUAAGUGAUAUAACUGAUUUAAAUAAAAUCAAUGAAAUCAAACGUCAAAAGUAUAUAUCUGUAUUAAGUCCAAAUUUUAUUAUACCAGCAAAUGAAGAUCAAUUUCAAAUUAGUAGUAUUUCAGAUGAGGUAUUACUUGAAUGGAGACAAAUACUUGAUUUAUUAUGGAGUGAUCCAAAACAGGCAGAUGGGUGUGAACCGAAUACUUAUCGUGGUGGAGGAUGUUAUUGGGGUCCUGAUGUAACAGAAAAAAUCUUACAAAAACAUAAUUGGACUUUACUUAUUCGUUCACAUGAAUGUAAAGAAGAAGGCUUUGGUUAUAGUCAUGAUAAAAAGGUGCUAACUAUUUUUUCGGCAUCAAAUUAUUACGCAGUGGGUAGUAAUCGAGGUGCCUAUGUAAAAAUAAUAACUAAUCAACCACCAAUAAUUAUUCAAUUCAUGGCAACUAGAGCUACACAUAAAACAUUAACUUUAUGGGAAAGAGUAUCUUAUGUUGAAGACCAAGCAAUUCAAAAUUUAGCAGAAAAAUUUAGUGUCAAUAAAAGUCGAUUAAUGAAAGAAUUUGCCCUUGUAGAUCCGGGAAAUACAGGUCGUAUAUCUGUCAAUGCUUGGUGUGAUAUUGUUUCACAUGUUCUUGAUUUACAACUACCAUGGCGAACACUUAGAGCACGUCUUGUUGAUACUGAUAUCAGUGGAAUGGUUAUAUAUGAAUCAACAUUUCGUUCGAAAGAAUUACGUUUUACAUCGAAUAUUUCCACAAAUGCAAGACGUGAAAGUCUUUGUCAAGCUAUUUAUCGAAAUAAAGAUCUACUUGAAACAGUCUUUCGAGCUAUUGAUAAAGAUAACUCAGGUGUUAUUUCAAUGCAAGAAUUUACUGAAGUCUGUUCAUUUCUUGGUAAACAUAAUGGAUCAAAAUUAGAUGAGAAGCAAAUUAUGGAUUUAGCCGCUAGUAUUGAUCUUAAUAAGAAUGGUGUUAUUGAUUUUAAUGAAUUUCUUGAAGCUUUUCGUAUUGUUGAUGUUGGUGAUCGUUUUCAAAAUUGA